CCGACUUGACGUGAAAAACGAAGACUCAACCGAGCGACGACGACGACAACGACGCGAUUCGCGCGCGAUUUAAAACACUAGCAGAGAAACGAUUGCGCGCGCUGCUCAAAGAAAAAAGAAAACCACAUAAAAUAUAAUUCGUGAUUGUUUCAAGUAUUUUUGUUCUUGUUUUUGUUUGUUUUGUGUGCUUUUGUGCAAUUUGUGUGUGGGUGAAAAGUGCUUAGCCAUGCAACACUGGCGCCAGCAACUCUUUCUACUUGCCCUCUGUGCGCUCGCUGCGCAGGCCAAACCAAACAAUUCGUACCUCAAAAUGUUGGCCAUGCCGCCGGCGGAGGAUCCCUGCUACGAUUACGACAAGGCUCGCCAUUGCAUACCCGACUUUGUAAAUGCCGCCUACGAUGCGCCCAUUACGGCCAGCAGCACUUGCGGUGAACGCCAGCCGCAACGCUACUGCGAGUAUCCGUUGCAAGCAGUUGGUGGCGCCAGCGAGCAGCUACUGUCAUGCCACACCUGUGAGGCAAACAGCUUCUCGCCGCGCGCCCUCACCGAUCUGAACAACUCGAAUAAUGUCACCUGCUGGCGAUCAGCACCAAUUCAACAGCCCUCGUCGAGUGCAUCGGGUGGCGAUAAUGUCACCCUGACCCUGUCGCUGGGCAAGAAAUACGAGCUGACCUAUGUGAGUCUGCAGUUUUGUCCGCGUGCCCCCCGCCCCGACUCUCUGGUCAUCUACAAGAGCUCGGACUAUGGCCACAGCUGGCAGCCGUUUCAAUAUUAUAGCUCUCAGUGCAAGAGGAUGUUUGGACGACACAGUCGCACCAUUAUCACCAAGCACAAUGAGCAGGAGCCACGCUGCAGCGAUGCCCAUCGCAAUCAUGGACAUCAUGAUGUGGGACUCGCCUCGAGGAUUGCGUUCAGCACACUGGAGGGCAGACCCUCGGCCCGAGAUCUGGAUGGAUCGCCGGUGCUGCAGGAUUGGGUGACCGCAACCGAUAUACGCAUUGUCUUCCAUCGGCUCCAGCAGCCCGAUCUCCAGCAGGCCCUGCUCGCCAUCGAUGCGCCCGCGGAUCUGCGCACCGGCAAAUAUAGCGUUCAAUUGGGUGGCAACAAUCUGGAGUCCACAUCUGUCUCGGCUGUUGCUGCUGGGGCUGGAUUGCAUUAUGCCGUCUCUGACUUUUCGGUGGGUGGGCGCUGCAAGUGCAACGGACACGCCUCCAAGUGCUCGCUGGACUCGAGGGGGCAGCUGAGCUGCGAGUGUCGCCACAAUACAGCUGGACGGGAUUGCGAGCGAUGCAAGCCCUUCUACUUUGAUCGGCCCUGGGGUAGAGCAACAGCUCGGGAUGCCAACGAGUGCAAAGUGUGUAAUUGCAAUAAUCAUGCGCGUCAAUGCCGCUUCAAUAUGGAUAUCUUUCGACUGUCGGAGGGCGUCUCGGGCGGCGUUUGCCAGAAUUGUCGUCAUUCGACAACUGGACGUAAUUGUCAUCUGUGCAGGGAGGGCUUCUACAGGGAUCCCAGCAAACCGCUUGGUCAUCGCAAGGUGUGCAAAGCCUGCGAGUGCCACCCGAUCGGCUCUUCUGAUAAGAUCUGCAACAACACGAGCGGUCAAUGUCCCUGCAAGGACGGCGUCACUGGGCUGACCUGCAAUCGCUGCGCCCGCGGCUAUCAACAAAGUCGCUCCCACAUCGCACCAUGCAUCAAGCAAUCACCACGCUCGAUCAACAUGCUGGAUACGCAGAAUACGGCGCCAGAGCCAAAUGAGUCAACUGGAGGCGUUGGCGUGGACAGAGGCGCCUCAUCGGCGGCCGCCCAAUCCCCAUAUUAUCGCACCGAGGGCGGCAGGGUGUGCGAAAAGUGCAAAAUCAGCACCAAAAGAUUAAAUCUCAACAAAUACUGCAAAAGAGAUUACGCAAUAAUGGCCAAAGUAAUUGGCCGCGAUACGAGCAGCGAGGCGGCCAGCAGCGAGCGACGUCGCGCAAUGGAUCCAAUGGACGUGGACUACGAAAUGGACCAGCAACAGGUUGGGGGGCAGGAGUACGAGUACCGGUCAGCAGCUGGGAUCAACAGCGCCAGCGUUCCGGAUUAUCCCAACGACAGCGAAGCCACGCGCUACGAUCUACAAAUCCAGGCGGUAUUCAAGCACAGCAAAACCAGCGCCUACGGAAUGCCGAAUACAAUGCUGAAACGAGGUCCUAUGACCUGGAUCAUACCGAUUAAGAAUUUGGAGUGCCGCUGUCCAAGGAUCAAAGUCAACAGAUCCUAUUUGAUCUUGGGGCGAGACUCGGAGGCGCCGCCCGGUUAUCUGGGCAUUGGACCGCGUUCAAUAGUUAUCGAGUGGAAGGGCGAUUGGUAUCGACGCAUGAAGCGCUUUCAACGUCGAGCGCGCAGUUGUGCGUAGAUGUGCCAACCUGCUCCCACAGACACAGUGUCCAUCUUUGUCACUCCUUUUGCUGUCAAUUUAAUAAACCAUCUACCUUCUGUUUCUUUUUUUCCAUCUUUUUUUUUUUGCUAACCAUAUGCGUAGGUUGUAGAACUUAAAAUAAGUACGAAAAUCAAAUCAAAGCGUCACAACCCCAAUGAAUUUUUGCAUAGAAUCGUAGCCACGUGGUUUCUUUGCUUUGUUUCAAAAUCCUAUAUACUAUAUAUAUAUAUAUACACAUAUACACACAUAUAUAAACACAUAUUGCAUAUAAAUACAUAUAUAUACAUGUAUUCUUUUUUUUGUCGUCCUUUUGAUUGUUUUCGCCACGUAAAAGUGUCGGUACUUUAAUUUAACUAACACCCGCAUUUAAUUUGAUUUAUUUAGCAUUUUAAGGCCUACAUAGCUGUAUUUUAUUUAUUUAAUUAACUUUAAUUGUUAUUUGACUAUCAGUGACCGAAAGUAUCUGCGUGCAUACAUAAACAACAUGUGUAUUUGUAUAAUUAACUAUAUAUAAAUUUAUAUGUAUAAUCUAUAUGAUUUGUAUUAUUUUUUUUACGAUAAGAGUCAAAUUAAUGCUUAACAUCAACAUGAACACUUAUCCCACAACCGUGAACAAUAACUACAAUAGACUCAAUCAAACAGCAAAUUAGCAAAAUAAGCAUUAAUAAAUAUGUACUUUAAGCAAUGUAAACUGCAAUCAACUCCAAACAAAAUAUACAUAACUAAAAGUAAAUCAAACCUUGAAUAAUGUUAAAACACAACGCAUAAAACAUACAAAUAAAUAGAUAUUGUACAGUGCAACCCA